UGUCCGGGCUGCGGUGCUGCUCGCCGGGACGACCACUGGCAUCGCUCGGUGGCUCGGGGAGCGAGCAUCGUGGAAUCCGUGGCCGGGCCGGAUUGCGGGCGAACCAGAGCUCUUCCAGGAGCAUUCGAAUGAGCCGAGGGCGGACGCCGGCGACGUGGCAGCAGCCGCGGCAAUCAGGCGCAGCGGCGGACAACCCGGAGGAGGUCCGUCGUCAGGUCCUCCGCAAGCCUACCGCUCCGGCGCCGCUGUCUGGAAGACCGGGGCAGAAGCCCAAGGGCAGCUACGGGGCCCCGUGAGGCCACUGGCGCCUCUUUGGCCAGCCGGUACCUCGCAGUGAGGACCCUGGAGCUGCGGCGAGUGCCCCUUCCGUAGCAGCGAGCCCGCCGGGCGUUGCUAUAGAAACGGGUUGGCACGCGCAGCCCCGGGCUGGGGAGGCCUAGAGGCGUGAACCCUAGGUUGGGAGUACUAUUGAGUGCACGCCAGGCCCCGUCUUUGGGAUAGAUAAGUUCUGUGGUGUGGGGAUCGGGAGGCCGAAGGGAGGAGGUGGAGCCAAUGGGCACUUGAGAGACCAGAACCGGGUCAUCAUGAUUUGAUUCCUAGUUUCUGUAACCACGGGAUUCCCCCAACAGGUUCUGCUGCCUUAAGGAUGACAGUCCUAGGGUACCCUCGAAGUUGGAGCUGCCAUUGUUUGCCAGUCCUGAUACUGUUGCUGGGCAUAGGCCAUGGGCCAUGGGUGGAAGGUGUCACACACUACAAGCCCGGCGACCCUGUCAUUCUAUAUGUCAACAAAGUGGGACCCUACCAUAACCCUCAGGAAACUUACCACUACUAUCAGCUUCCAGUCUGCUGUCCUGAGAAGAUCCGCCACAAAAGUCUUAGUUUGGGUGAAGUUCUGGAUGGGGACCGAAUGGCCGAAUCUUUGUACGAGAUCCGCUUUCGGGAGAAUGUGGAGAAGAGAAUUCUGUGUCACAUGCAGCUCAGUUCUGCACAGGUGGAGCAGCUGCGCCAGGCCAUUGAGGAAUUGUAUUACUUUGAGUUUGUGGUCGAUGAUUUGCCAAUCCGUGGUUUUGUGGGCUACAUGGAAGAGAGUGGCUUCCUGCCACAUAGCCACAAGAUAGGCCUCUGGACACAUUUGGACUUCCACCUAGAAUUCCAUGGAGAUCGAAUUAUAUUUGCCAAUGUUUCGGUGCGGGACGUCAAGCCCCACAGCUUGGAUGGGCUGCGGUCUGAUGAAUUGCUGGGCCUUACUCACACUUACAGUGUGCGCUGGUCUGAGACGUCAGUGGAGCAUCGGAGUGACAGGCGCCGAGGUGAUGAUGGAGGCUUCUUUCCUCGAACCCUGGAAAUCCAUUGGUUGUCCAUCAUCAACUCCAUGGUGCUUGUGUUUUUACUGGUGGGUUUUGUGGCUGUUAUUCUAAUGCGUGUGCUUCGAAAUGACCUGGCUCGGUACAACCUAGACGAAGAGACGAGCUCUGGCGGCUCUAGUGACGACUUUGACCAGGGCGAUAAUGGCUGGAAAAUUAUCCAUACAGAUGUCUUCCGCUUCCCUCCAUACCGUGGUCUGCUCUGUGCUGUGCUUGGUGUGGGCGCCCAGUUCCUGGCCCUUGGCACUGGCAUUAUUGUCAUGGCGUUGCUUGGCAUGUUCAACGUGCACCGUCACGGGGCCAUUAACUCAGCAGCGAUCUUGUUGUAUGCCCUGACCUGCUGCAUCUCUGGCUACGUGUCGAGCCACUUCUACCGGCAAAUUGGAGGCGAGCGUUGGGUGUGGAACAUCAUUCUCACCAGCAGCCUCUUCUCUGUGCCUUUCUUCCUGACUUGGAGUGUGGUGAACUCAGUGCAUUGGGCCAACGGUUCAACACAGGCGCUGCCGGCCACAACCAUCCUGCUGCUGCUGACAGUCUGGCUGCUGCGCCAUCUCCGUGGAGCUGUACUACAUCUUUGCCACAGUCUGGGGUCGAGAGCAGUACACUCUGUACGGCAUCCUCUUCUUUGUCUUCGCCAUCCUGCUGAGUGUGGGGGCCUGCAUCUCCAUUGCGCUCACCUACUUCCAGCUGUCUGGGGAAGACUACCGCUGGUGGUGGCGAUCCGUGCUGAGCGUCGGCUCCACCGGCCUCUUCAUCUUCCUCUACUCAGUUUUCUACUAUGCCCGGCGCUCUAACAUGUCAGGGGCAGUACAGACAGUAGAGUUCUUUGGCUACUCUUUACUGACUGGCUAUGUCUUCUUCCUCAUGCUGGGUACCAUCUCCUUUUUUUCCUCUUUAAAGUUCAUCCGUUAUAUCUAUGUUAACCUCAAGAUGGACUGAGUUCUAAGCCACAGAACUCUGGCUCUUUCCUGCUUUCAUCAUGCCCCAUUGAUUUCACUUGAUAGCUUCUCUUCUGACCGAAUUGUGUGAUGGCAUUGUCGCCUUCCUUCCCUCUUUAGAGAGGACCUGGAAAUUAAAAAUCUCUAUUAUAUAAGGAAUAUAUAUAUUUGAACUUUUUAAGUUGCCUUACGUUUUGGUCCUGAUUUUUUUUUUCUUUUUACAAUUAUUAAAAUAAAAUUUAUUAAGAAAAAGGA